UGCUAGAGCUACCAGUGCGCUACGACUAGCCACUGAGUGUGAGAGAGCGGUGCUGAUUCAGGGAAUACAAUUUGUUUCAUUGUUUGGAGAAAGCUCCUCGGUCAUUCUUUGGAAGCUGGAGGAACGUUAGAUUGGCACCGAGCUAAACGUUGGAUUUGUCAAGAACACCUGUGAGAGUCGGCGCAGCAACCGUUUCGUCAAGUCAAGAGGCUUGCGAGCCAGUGAAGUUCUAUUUCUUGACCCAACCCGUUAGUUUGCUAACGUUAGCGGUAGCCAAGCUAAUUAGACUGCUAGUUUUGUACCAGAUCCAAGAGGAGAGGUGCAUCACAUUUAAGCUUUUCGGUUAACAGUAGCAUCAUCUUCGGAAUAUAGACAGUAAAUAUUUCUCAAUAGGCAUGUGUUUGUUGCUGUACACUUUUAAAGUGUUUUGUAACAAUUAGGGCAACUAGCUAACUGUUACUUGUUCCAGACAUGCAGGUAACGUUACCGUUAGCUAAAGGUGGCUAUAGAGCUUGUUAGCUCGUUCUGCAAAUCUGUGUAGUGUUAGUUUUUAAUAUGAAAAACGCCACCAAUGUCAUAAUGUUCAUACAGCCUGUAUGAGAUUUUGUAGUCUCACAAUAUGACAAAGAAACUUGUUGCCAUCCAUAAAUAUAUAAUAAGCCGCGCUGUUUCAGAGCGUUAUCCAUGGUCCGGUGUUAGAUUUAAUGUUAGUCUGAGUGGAGACAAGCGUACAGGCUAUUAUUUGAUGCUGGCUCCCCAGAAACGUUAGUUUGCAAGGUAGAAACCCAUAGGCUUCGACUAAUUGUUGCAGGUAAAUUGGGGAAAUUAGCUUGUUGGGUAACCGAAUAUUUUGUGUUGCCGAAUGGAUCGUAUUUUUCCUAGUAAUAACCCAAACCCCAGAAAGUCUUCAGCCAGAGCAAUGUUAUGUUUAGAACAGGAAAGUUAACGUUAUUUUACUAAACGAUUUCGUUAAGUUGGGCGCUAGGAGCACAGUUAACGUUUUUUUCCGCUGGUGUAGGUGCGUUAACACCAUUGUUAUUUAUUUCAUUGGAUCCAUCGAGGACGACAUCUCAGCGGGAAUAUGUUAUUUGGUUAUGCCUCGAACCAUUUGAAAUAGCUAAAGCCAAAUACUGAGCUUUUGGGAAGGACAAUGGCCGCCAGACUUGGUCACAAUCUAUAUCUGAAUGGAUUCUAACGUGUCUUUGACCUGCAUAUCUUGGACUCAAGUAAAAGCAGCCUGUUGGGUUUAAUUUAAGCCACAAUACCACGGAAACGGACAGUCGGACACCAUGGGCGAGAGCAGCCUGAGCGACUCGAAUGUGAAGGUCGCUGUAAGGGUCCGACCUAUGAACAGGAGAGAAAAGGACCUAAACACAAAAUGUGUGGUGGAGAUGGAGGGCAACCAGACAGUCCUGAACCCCGCCAACAUGAACCUGGGGAAAACAGACAGCAGAGCUCAACCAAAGGUCUUCGCCUACGAUUACUGCUUCUGGUCAAUGGACGAGUCAGAAAAAGACAAAUUUGCUGGUCAAGACGUGGUGUUUCAGUGCCUCGGAGAAAGCCUUCUGGACAAUGCCUUCCAGGGCUACAACGCCUGCAUCUUUGCCUAUGGUCAAACAGGUUCAGGGAAGUCCUUCACCAUGAUGGGUUCAGUGGACCAGCCAGGUCUGAUUCCGCGGCUGUGCAGCUCCCUCUUUGACCGCACGCUGAAGGAGAAGCGUGAGGAGGAGUGCUUCACAGUGGAGGUGUCCUACAUGGAGAUCUACAACGAGAAGGUCCGAGACCUGCUCGACCCCAAAGGGAGUCGACAGGCCCUGAGAGUGAGGGAGCACAAAGUAAUGGGGCCGUACGUGGAUGGCCUUUCUCGGCUCGCCGUGGCCUGUUACAAGGACAUUGAGUCUCUGAUGUCUGAGGGAAACAAGUCUCGCACAGUCGCCGCCACCAACAUGAACGAGGAGAGCAGUCGCUCCCAUGCUGUGUUCAACAUCAUCCUCACACACACCCUGAUAGACCUGCGGUCAGGGACGAGUGGAGAGAAAGUGAGUAAGCUGAGUUUGGUGGAUCUGGCCGGGAGUGAGAGGGCUGCAAAGACGGGAGCUGCAGGAGAGAGACUAAAAGAAGGCAGCAACAUUAACAAGUCCCUGACCACACUGGGUCUGGUGAUCUCGGCGCUGGCAGACCAGGGAGCUGGGAAGAACAAGACCAAGUUUGUGCCCUACAGAGACUCUGUGCUCACCUGGCUGCUCAAGGACAGUCUUGGUGGCAACAGUCGCACGGCAAUGGUUGCCACGGUGAGUCCGGCAGCAGACAACUAUGACGAGACACUGUCCACUCUCCGCUACGCUGACCGCGCCAAGAGCAUCGUCAACCACGCUGUGGUCAAUGAGGACCCCAAUGCUCGCAUCAUACGAGAACUCAGAGAAGAAGUGGAGAAGCUUAGAGUCCAGCUCACCCAGGCUGAGUCUAUGAAAGCCCCAGAGCUGAAGGAUAGGCUGGAGGAGUCUGAGAAGCUGAUCCAGGAGAUGACCGUCACCUGGGAGGAGAAGCUAAGGAAAACAGAAGAGGUCGCUCAGGAGAGGCAGCGGCAGCUGGAGAGUCUGGGGAUCUCCCUGCAGUCCUCUGGCAUUCGUGUCGGAGAGGACAAGUGCUUCCUGGUCAACCUCAACGCAGACCCCGCCCUCAACGAGCUGCUUGUCUACUACCUGAAGGAGCACACUAAGGUGGGUUCAGCUGACUCACAGGACAUCCAGCUGUGCGGGAUGGGCAUCCAGGCGGAACACUGUGUCAUCAUCAUCACAACCGACGGAAGCGUGCUGCUCACACCCUACCGCAGCUCACGAACUUGUAUCAAUGGUUCCCCGGUAACCAGCCAGCAGCAGAUUCACCAUGGCGACCGCAUCCUGUGGGGCAACAACCACUUUUUCAGGAUUAACCUGCCUAAGCGUCGCUCGCGGGGUGAUGAUGAGGAAGGUGAGGGCAACAUGAAGAACAGCACCAGCAACGAGCAGCUGGAUGGCGACGGCGACUCGGCCAGCGAGGUCUCAAGCGAGGUCAGCUUCAGCUACGAGUUCGCCCAGACCGAGGUCAUGAUGAAGGCGCUCGGCAGCAACGACCCCAUGCAGGCGGUACUGCAGAGCCUGGAGCGUCAGCACGAGGAGGAGAAGCGCUCUGCUCUGGAGCGGCAGCGGCAGAUGUACGAGCAGGAGCUGCAGCAGCUGCGCAAACGCCUGCACCCCGAUAGGCAGAGCACAGGCGGGGGCGGGCAGAUGCCUCCCUCCCAGCAGCCACAGGGGGCGCAGUAUCGCAGCUGGGAGCGCCUCAGCCUCGGAGGGGGGUCGUCGUCCGCCAGCGCCCAGCAGAGGCUACGCCAGUGGAGCGAAGAGAGGGAGGCGGUUCUGACCCGGAGCCUGCGUAAGCUGCGCGAGCAGAUCGUUCGGGCCAACCUGCUGGUGCAGGAGGCCGGCUUCAUCGCGGAGGAGGUGGACAAGAAAACGGAGUACCGGGUCACACUGCAGAUCCCCGCCGCCAACCUCAAUGCCAACAGGAAGCGUGACGCGGUGCUGAGUGAACCGGCCAUCCAGGUGCGCCGUAAGGGGAAGGGGAAGCAGAUCUGGGCCCUGGAGAAAAUGGAGAACAGACUGGUGGACAUGAGGGAGCUCUACCAGGAGUGGAAGGACUACGACGAGGACAACCCUGUGAUGAGGUCCUACCUGAGGCGAGCAGACCCCUUCUUCGAUGAACAGGAGAACCACAGUCUAAUCGGGGUGGCCAACGUGUUCCUGUCCUGCCUUUUCUAUGAUGUCAAACUGCAGUAUGCUGUGCCCAUUAUCAACCAGAAGGGAGAGGUGGUGGGUCGUCUGCAUGUAGAGUUGGUGCGUGUAGCGGGGGGCGUAGACGAGAGCAUGGCGGGAGGAGACGACAGCGACGGCAGCCCAGAUGGGGAGCUUCAGGAGAGGAAGCUCGUCUGCAUGAUAAAGAUCCUUCAGGCCACAGGUCUCCCCCAGUACCUGUCAAACUUCGUGUUCUGCCAGUACUCAUUCUGGGACCAGGCGGAGCCCGUCAUCGUGGCCCCGGAGGUCGACCCCUCAGCCUCCUCCCCCAACAGCAAAGACCCGCACUGCAUGGUGGUGUUCGACAGCUGCAAGGAGGUGGCUGUGGCAGUGACUGAGGACUUCAUUGAGUACCUGACGGAUGGGGCGGUGGCCAUCGAGGUGUUCGGCCACAGGCAGGCGGAUCCUGGCAGAAACCCCGCCCUCUGGGACCUUAGCAUCAUCCAAGCCAAGACACGGACGCUUAGGGACAGAUGGAGUGAGGUCACCCGUAAGCUGGAGGUGUGGCUGCAGGUGCUGGAGCUGAAUGAGGUUGGCGAGUACAUGCCCGUAGAGGUGGUGCCCGCCAGGGACGUCCGCACAGGGGGCAUCUUCCAGCUCAAACAGGGCCAGUCACGGCGUAUCCAGGUGGAGGUGCGGUCGGUGCAGGACUCUGGCACUAUGCCCUUGAUUGUGGAGGCGGUGCUGGGUGUGUCUGUGGGCUGUGUGGAGAUCCAACAGGCUCGGCCCGCCAAAGGCAAUGACAACCAGCAGCCUGAAGGCGAUGAAAUGGACAGUUAUCAGGAGCGAGACCUGGAGCGGUUGAGGAGGCAGUGGCUGACGGCCCUCACCAAGAGACAGGAGUACCUGGACCAGCAUCUCCAGACGCUGGUCAGCAAAGCUGAUAAGUCGGAGGAUGAUGUGGAGCGGGAGGCUCAGCUGCUGGAGUGGCGUCUGACGUUGACGGAGGAGAGAAAUGCGGUGAUGGUGCCCUCUGCUGGCAGCGGCAUACCAGGUGCACCAGCUGAGUGGGUGCCACUUCCAGGGAUGGAGACACACAUACCCGUACUGUUUUUGGAUCUGAGUGCGGAUCACAUCAGCUCCCAGGAGAACCUGGAGGCCCCCGAGGCUGGGGGGUGGGACGCCAUGCUCAAUGGGGAGGAUGAGGACGACUUCUUCGAACUGCUGAUUGUCAAACACUACGACGACGAGGUGCGUGCUGAGGCCUCGUGGGACUCCACGGUGCACGAGUGUCCCCAGUUGAGUCGCGGGGCGUCCCCAGAGCAGCGGGUCUACCUGACCGUACGCGCCGUCGUCCAGGUCAGCCAUCCCGCAGACAUGCAGCUGGUGCUGCGCAAACGAGUGUGUGUCAACCUCAACGCACGGCAGCAGGGCUUUGCCCAGAACUUCCUGCGGAGGAUGUCGACGCGGAGCACCAUCCCGGGCUGUGGCGUGACGUUCGAGGUGGUGUCCAACAUUCCUGGAGAUGCCCAGGGCUCUGAGGACCGAGAGAUGCUUGCCCGCAUGGCUGCCAGCGCAGAGAACCCCAAAUCCUCCGACAACGAGGCGGCCAUCGAGAAGUACCUGCGCAGCGUCCUGGCCGUGGAGAACAUCUUGACGCUAGACCGACUGCGGCAGGAGGUGGCUGUGAAGGAGCAUCUCGCCACUAAGGGGAAGGGGAGCAGAAGAAGCCUGAGCUCGCCCAGUGUGCACAGGCUCUCUGGUAGCAGGCAGGACCUUUCUCUCAACUCCUCGCUAGAGGACAACAAGAGUCGCUGGGAGAGCCAGCAGGACAUCUUCAUGACCUCCCCCCAGUUCAGUCGGACCCUCCCCCGACCCUCCGCGGCGCACAACCAGAACCAGAGUCCGCCCCAGAGUCAAGACUCUGAUCAAGGUCUCUUAGGGAUCGCUGCCUCUUUUCUCCCCCCAGUGAAGGCUGUGGUGCCCCAGAUGCCCAAGCUGCUCAAGUCCCUGUUCCCCGCCCGUGACGACAAGAAGGACCUGCGCCCCUCUCCCCACUCACAGCAGCAUACGCCCCGGAUCAUGAUGCAAACCAGUGGCAACUCGGAUGAUAGCAGAGCCAGGCUAGAGCCGGUGGCUGUGCCAGGCAGAAGCCCCGCCCCUGAGCGUCAGUCGGACAGCCCCGAGGCCCCUCCCUCUUCCACGCAUGACUCUCAGCAUGACACGUCCCUCAGCCCCAUCAGUGAGGCCUCCAGCGGCUACUUCUCCAGCAGCGUCUCCACGGCGACCCUUAGCGAGGCGGCCGGCACUGUCGCCGACGCCCCCGCCGACCCAGUAAUCCCCGCUCUCCACCCCUCUGUCGCACUCGUAGAAGCUUCCGGGCUAAAGCCCCAGAGGACUGUGGGAACGCGGGAGUCCGGACCCGCUGACCGCAACGGUGUUGCCUCUCCCCAGCAGCAGCAGCAGCCCAUCCGGCCGUUGGGUCAGAACAGCGCCGCUCCGAGGAUCCGGCAGUCCGAGCCCAUCAGGGCGGUGAGGGGAGAGGACACGGAGGAAGGAGGGAGGAGAGGAGGUGUCGGAGGAGAUGCUCUGGAGAAGCUGGAGAUCCUGUCAGACGAGGAGGCAGGGCAGGAGGUGGAGCUGCCCGCCUGGAUGAGGGUGGGUGAGAGUGUGCUGCUGGGAGGAGGAAAGACGGGCACCAUCAGAUAUGUGGGCAACACCGACUUCUCCGAGGGCACUUGGGUCGGCGUGGAGCUCGACACGCCUUCAGGGAAGAACGACGGUUCUGUGGGUGGUCGGCAGUAUUUCCGCUGUAACCCCGGUUUCGGGGUUCUGGUGCGGCCGGACCGGGUGUCCAGGCGCGAGGGAGGUCGAAGGCUCACAGAGAACCGAGUCAGCGGAGAGUUCACCCGCCAUGCAGUCCUGGGCCGGCCAAAGAUUGCCCCCGAGGCCGCUGCCCAGCGCCGAGAGAACCGCAAGUCCUGGAGCAGCUGAGCACGUCACGUUAGGCCUGGUGCGGUCUGGUCCGGUCCAUGAGGACAAGACCACUGACACACCCCAGCAAACCCCUGAAAUAAAGUCUGCAGGAUACCUGCCACCCCCCCUGAAAUAAAGUCUUCAGGAUGCCUGCCACCCCCCCACACACAGAUUCUUGUCAUCAUCCCCAUCACUCUUGAGGUCAUGUCUGCUGCUGUCUCCUGUAUUCCUGUCCUGCCUAUGCUGUGCUGUGCUGUGGUGGGACACCGCCCCCUCUCCUCUCCUCUCCUCUCCUCAGCAGCGUCAGCACUCUCCUCCCCCGGGAGCCGUACAGGCCGUCCUUGAAUGCCGAUGCGUCUGAAUAUCAAUGAAAACGGAGCGGUGCAGCCCGCCCGUCUGGAGCUCUCCUUGAGUUUGACCGCUUUAGAGUUGGCUACAGAUCAGCCGGCUGAGCCCUGUUAAAUGGGGUUCAUGCUCUCCUCUGGUGAAAUACCCCCCCCCCCUCUCUUUCUUUCUCUCUCUGUGUCUCUACCGCUCUGUGUUGGGAGUCGACUUUCAUGUGGGUCUCUUUUGCAGACCCACUUCCUUGAUGAUUAUGCAUGACAUAUCCCCUCCUGAGAGGAGGCGGAUGGAUCCGGAAUGUGCCUUUUCUGAAUCAGCGAUUUUUACUUCAGAUUUUAACUCCAUUAACCCCCCCCCCCCCAUAUCUUCGUGUGAGAAUGCCUUCCGAGACAGCCGCUGACCUGGGUGUCGGACUGUGUCGGACCCGGCCCGGUGUUGCUUGCCGUCUGGGUUCUGUGAGUCUGGUGUGAUCAUCUCAGGGAGCCGUCUUGUCUGAGAGCUUGUACAGAAGGUGCCUGUUCUAAGAGCAUGGGCAGUGCCCCUCGUCACCCAGGGGGAUCCUGCCAUCACUGUAUGGGUGAAGGUGUGAGUGCGUACGUGAGAGUGGAUCGUCAUCUGUUUUCAAGAAACAGAUGGAAGGGAUUUGCACAGUGAUAAGGUCAUGUGGCAUUGAUGGACAGAUGUUAUCGUAGUUUUUAGAAAAAAUGGACAAAGGGAUGAAUCCCUUAUAUGAGAGAAAAUAGUAUAUAUAAAUAUUGCACAAGAGAGAAUCCUGUCCUUUUGGAAUGGGAUUGUGGGAGAUGUAGUUUUUGGUGUUGUGCCAUUGGGACAGGUCGGUUAUCAGUACUGCGCAAGAGGACUACAGAAACAUUGCUGCUCACCCUGAGAAUAUCACGUUUGCAUGUGUGUGUAACAUGUCUUGCUCAUGACCCUCAUUCAGUGGUUGUGAUUUGGGAAAGUUGUGUGUUUGUGCGUGUGUGUGUGUGUGUGUGUGUGUGUUUUAUGUUCACCACUACUUUUAUUUGGAAGUGUCCUUCUGCAUGUAGAGACCUAGUCAUGUUUGUAAUUGAAAAAGAAAAAAACCUGAAACACCGAUCUCAUGUCUGAGGUUUCAGAAAUUUUACAGCUUGUUCAUUGUUAUUGUAAUGCAACAGAAUUCAGAGGGAUUGUAAACCAGAGGCCUCUCUACAUGCAAGCCCUCUCUGUUCAGAUGCUCAACUGGUGGCCUUGGCAAGCAAUGGACAGACAACCCUGAGUAACCAAGCCACAGUUGCUUGGUGAUCCUAUGAAGGGUUAGAUUGCCAAAGGCCUCAGUCUGGAGCAGACAAGUGUAGUGGAGAGAAUACAACCCGAUGGGAACAUCAACCAUUUGUCUCAAAUGUGUGGCCUAGUCUUCCACCCUGUAAGGAGUGUUCAUGAGGAAGCUCGAAGUGGACCAAGAAACUGCCUCAGCAACUGGCAACCCCUCCUCCUCCGUUUUGAUUAGUGGUGUUCCUUUUCCCCCGAUGCUCAUUCCAUUGGAACAAAGGCGCAUUAUUGGAAAAGAUGAAGGACAACGACUUCUGUGCUUGAAGUGCAGCAUGUCGUCAUUAAGGACUUUAACCUAGUAAAAUUCCAUUACUUCAUUUGUUUUUAAUGAUCUUGGGAUUUAUGAUGCAAUAUGAAAACUUUACUAAAUAUAUUUUAAUGAUUGUAUUUGAACAGAUGUAAAAAAGAAAUGAGAGCAAAAUGAAAGCCCCUGUACUGAUGUCAUUUGCACAUGAUUUAUUUUAGCACGAUUCCAAUUAAUGACAUUUUUAGUAAGAAGUUAACAUGGACUUUUAUAUAGUUAUUUCAUGCUGUGAUUUGAGGAAAACUAGAGCUAUUGUCCUUUUAAAAUGACAGAAAAAAAAUCUUCAUAUCUCUGUCCAAUUUUCGAAUGCAUGUAAAAUUCUCGAUUUUAUUUAUUUUCCCAUUUGCUGAUGUUAACGUCACCUGUUUUGUUCUUGUGCUAUUAUUGCCUGUUGCCUCUCCAGCUCCGGUAGAUUUUUCCUUCACAUUGUGUAAACAGACUGGAUACAGAUGCUAGUGUAGGGGCAGGAGAGACCUUUUGAUCUGCUUGUUUGUGGUCCAGGCAUUCUCUGCAUUAGUGUAGGCUAAUAUCACUUUCUGUUGAAUGUGCCUCGCUCGUUCGUAGAGCUGAACAAAUGCACAAACACCCCGGCCUUUGUACUUCAGAGAUCUUAGACAGUGGGCAGAUCCCAGUUUAAAUCUAGUUUAAAUCUUUUUUUAAAUCUUUUUUUUUGAUAGUUUGUUUCCAUUUGGUGCAUCACAAAACAAACAAAAAAACAUAUGGAACUGUUCAUCUGCACUUAAAACUUGGAUCUGGUUUGAAUUUUUGGUUCCAGUAUGGUGGUGCAUUUUAAAAUUAGGUUUUACUAUUAUUUUUUUUUAGUAUUUUUGAAAGCUUCCUUGGACUUCCACACUACCCUUUCCCACGUGCAGUAAUCCAAGGGCCAUUCCGCUACCCUGUUGUCAGGUUGUGCUUUAGUCCCUCAGUGCUUUUGUAGCAAACCCGGUGCUCUAUAAGGUUUAAUGGCAGUCCAUUCUGCCUCUGGCCUUUACGACCUCACUUUACCUCAGAGCACGCUGCAAGCUCAGUCUCCUCUUCUGGGCUAACAGGACCGCAGUAGCGUGGGGAGAGUCAUGUUCUUAUACAGCAUGCAGUACUGACAGAUUUUCUCCUCUGCCCAACCACUCGCUCACUGUCUGACCGACACAGAGUGAUCUCUUUGAUGUUACAUUGGCAGACCUUGCUAGAUACUGUGCUCCAGUCUUCUCCAGAAAACUGAUACUACAGCCAUACGGUGACCCGACUCCCCAGCCCUACGGCUGCAUGGAGAAGUGCAAUUUACCCUCUUCUGGGUUUUAAUGUGUUACACUGCUGUCUAACAGAGUGCGUACAGGUUCACAGUGACUAAAAGCAAGAGUGAGGGUGUCUCAAAAUAAAGUUACUUUGUUGACUAUAUCAUGAACCCCCUUACACACACACGUGCACACACACACAGGACUAGAGCAAUAUGAAAAGCAAGCACAGAAGUGGCCUUCCCCAAGCCUGUUCCUGCCCAGCUAAAGCAGCUGUAAUGCUCUGCGCCGCUACGUGGAGACCGCUGAUGGUUUAACCAAUUUAACAGAAGGAUAAAUGAAAGAAAGCAGAAAGGAUUUUUUUUUUUUUUUUCUUGCUCUUUGCACAACUGUCUGAUGGGAGCCUCUAACUCAGACACAGACUCUCACUACUUUAACCCUAACACCUGUCUGUCUGUCUGUCUGACUGUCUGUCUCUCUCUCUCUAUAUGACAUGAGGGGUUGUCUUGCGUCACGUCCCCCUGGCCCCUUUAAUCUCUGAACAGCGUGUUCCUUCUCAUGCCCUAGCCCUGGGUCCUCAUAUCAGAUCAUUAAUCACUUACUGAAGUUGUCUGAUCUUGUGCUGCAAAUGUAUUUGGUGUGUAUUAUUGGGUGUUUUCUGUGUGCCUGUGUGUGUGUUUCUUUUUCCCCCCCAUGUACAGUCGUAUACGGAGACUCGAAUCCUGAGCACAAGUGUUUGAUUUUUAAUUUAAUUAUUUGUAAUUCUACGCUGAUAUCCAAAGAAUAAUCAUGUAUAAUAAUUCAUUUAUAAUUUUCUUUUAUAUUGACUGUACAAUAAUCUCUCUGUAAAGGAAAAUAAAGAAGUGCAUUGAUUUACAAAUCAUUA